GACACUUCAUAUCCGUCAGAUUACGUACUGGGCCUAGUUAUUGUAAAGAAAAUUAUUGGUGAAGAAAUAUCACUAUCGGGUUACGAUCUUAGGGGCAGGAGCUUUAGAAGACCAAAGAGGACGUAGUGACAACUAUCUUCCUGAAGGUUAAGAGCAUCUUAGGAUAUCUUCUGAUGAACAAACGCAGUUAAUCAUCAAAUAUUAGUGGCUUACUUUCGUUCGAAUUUAACUAUUGAUUGACUUGUUUAAUAUCAUUUCUCGCCAGGGUCCCUCAUCCUCAAUGCAAGCAGCACUGAAGCAGGUACAACGAGAGGGACCGCUGUGUAUGUACAAAAUCAAGGUUACCCUAAGUCGUCAGAAAUAGGAGGGUCUUGCAGUGUUUCCUCCUCCUGCAAUACAACAAUAGUAUUGAGUGUCAUACACCUCAACCUUAACAACAGCUCCAACGCAUGUAAUCAACAUGUGAACAUCACUGAUGGAAGCGACAAUCUCAGCAUUAACUGUUCCCAUAACAACCAUGGAGAUCACUUUCCUAUUACAGAUGUCUACACAAGCAUCGGCUAUUUCCUUGUGCUGGAUUUUACUACUGUCGUGACUGGCGCCAAGGGACAGUUGUGGAUAGAAAUUAGAGGUUCAAAUCCAUAUUCGACCAUGGACCUUCGAUGUGGAUCGUCAGCAAUUUCUGAACCUUUGGCUGUUGACGAAUGCCCCGUUAACACAACAACAACAACAACAACAACAACAGCGUCCACGACAACACCAUUAUCACACAUGGUGUCGGAAAGGACGUCUACCAUCCUCAGAAACACUUCACAAAACUGGAUAAACGUAUUGAUUGUCGUUGGGAUACUCUUAACCAUGAUGAUUGUGUUUUCGGGAAUACUUGAAUGUAGAUCUCGGAGACAGAAGAGAGCGAACAAGGUACAUCCAUCCGGUAACACACAGGCCAGCGACCAUCAUGGACUGCCUCUCUAUGCUUUUGGCCCGAAACCGGAGACAAUUACACAGAUAGCGCCAACCCGAGGAAUACUGUCUCCGCAACAGUCAUCAAGACAAACCGUACAUAAACGCACCUCCUCAAGUGACUCUGUUCCACCGGAACUGAGGAAGUUCGGCGAUACCAAAUUGCAGACUAUACCGAGUGCUGGUCAGACACUUCCUCCAGUCAGGUCUCCACAGCCUCCUCGGUCAGUAGACGUGCCCACAUUAUCUUCACAAUCUCCAACUGUGUCAGCAUCUGCAGGAGCGCUAAAUGGUCACGUUGGCAACAACAUCGUUGUGGAAGAUGCGGGCCAGAGUGAAUACAUGCAGACAGAGAGGAACAGGAAAAAAAAGAAGAGAAAGAAAGACAAAACGAGUGAAGAUGAGGGCAGAGGUACAGAAGGUGAAACAAGGAAAAGGAAGAAGAAAAAGACAAAGAAGACAACUGAUCAUGAUGCAGAGAAAGAAUUGUGAAAUCGGAUUAAUAAUAAAAUAAUUAUUAACAGGUAAAACCAAUAAUGUUUUGGUUGGCCCAGGUUAUACCUGGUACAGACGCUCCAACAUCGAGUGUCUUUCACCACAUGUCUUUCAUGUGUCGUCAUACAACAAAUCCGUUUUGCCGACCCUGUAUAACAGUCAAUGUGAGAAACCCACGUUACUGCUUGAAACAAUUCCAGCACUUUUAUGAAUCAUGUAACAAUGACAAUAUUCUAAUCAUCACACUGACAAUGCAUAGCUUUUCCUCCAGUAAGUCAUUUUCCAUGCAUUAUUAUUUGUUGUAUCUACAUAAAUAAUUAUAUAUUUGACGUU